AUGGGGUCACAGCGCAGGAGCACAGGAUCUGAUGACCAGGGGUCACAGAGCAGGAGCACAGGAUCAGAUGACCAGGGGUCACAGCGCAAAAGCACAGGAUCAGAUGACCAGGGGUCACUGAGGAGGAGCACAGAAUCAGUUGACCAGGAGACACAGAGAAGGAGCACAGGAUCAGAUGACCAGAGGUCACAGAGCAGGAGCACAGGAUCAGAUGACCAGGUGUCACAGAGCAGGAGCACAGGAUCUGAUGACCAGGUGUCACAGAACAGGAGCACAGGAUCUGAUGACCAGGGGCCACAGAGCAGGAGCACAGGAUCAGAUGACCAGAGGUCACAGAGCAGGAGCACAGGAUCAGAUGACCAGGGUUCACAGCGCAGGAGCACAGGAUCUGAUGACCAGGUGUCACAGAGCAGUGGCACAGGAUCAGAUGACCAGAGGUCACAGAGCACAAGCACAAGAUCAGAUGACCAGGGGUCACAGCGCAGGAGCACAGGAUCUGAUGACCAGAGGUCACAGAGCAGGAGCACAGGAUCAGAUGACCAGGGGUCACAGCGCAGGAGCACAGGAUCUGAUGACCAGGUGUCACAGAGCAGGGGCACAGGAUCAGAUGACCAGAGGUCACAGAGCAGGAGUACAGGAUCAGAUGACCAGGGGUCACAACGCAGGAGCACAGGAUCUGAUGACCAGGGGGUUUAUAUGAAUUUGGUCUACUUCUUGGUCUACAAUCUCUUGCAAAAUGACCUUCCUUCUGGCAAUUAUAACACCUUUUCACCUUUGGCUUACCCACAGGGAUUUGAGGCUUCUUUGCUUCCCCGUGUUUGA